CUGAGACCCGUUCGGAUUCAUCCAUGUUCAGAGCUCUCGCGUUUGGACUUGACCGAUUUCAGUCAACGAAGCUAUUUCCUCCACCACGCCCUCUGGUUCUCUCUCGUCCAUUGCACGAGCUGAGGCCGAGCAAAAAGCGCGCGAAGAAGCCCUCGCAAAGCGGUGCUACAAUGCCGGAGUUGCCGGAGGUGGAGGCGGCGAGGAGAGCCGUCGAAGAUCACUGCGUCGGCCAGAAGAUCAAGAGAGCCGUUGUCGCCGACGACCCGAAAGUCAUUGAAGGCGUAUCCCCUUCCGGUUUCCAGUCCUCGCUCGAGGGCAAGACCAUCGUCGCGGCUAAGAGAAAGGGCAAGAACAUGUGGUUCCAGCUCGAUUCACCUCCUUUCCCUUCUUUCCAGUUUGGGAUGGCAGGUGCUAUCUAUAUCAAGGGGGUUGCAGUCACAGAGUAUAAAAGGUCUGCUGUAAAGGACACUGAUGAAUGGCCUUCCAAGUAUUCCAAAGUCUUCAUAGAACUUGAAAAUGGAUUGGAGCUAUCGUUUACUGACAAGAGGCGUUUUGCUAGAGUGCGCUUGCUGAACAAUCCGACUUCUGUACCACCAAUAUCUGAGCUUGGCCCAGAUGCGCUUCUGGAGCCUAUGACGGUUGAUGAAUUUACUGAAUCCUUGACGAAGAAGAAAAUUGCAAUCAAGACUCUAUUGCUUGAUCAGAGCUUUAUUGCUGGUAUUGGCAAUUGGAUUGCUGAUGAAGUGCUAUACCAGGCAAAAAUUCAUCCUCUGGAAACCGCCUCCAGUCUUGCCAAAGAAAGCUGUGCAACCUUACAUAAGUGCAUUAAAGAGGUUGUUCAGUUUGCUGUUCAAGUUGAUGCAAAAUGCAGCCUCUUUCCCCUUGAGUGGUUGUUUCAUUUUCGGUGGGGCAAAAAGCCUGGGAAAGUUAAUGGUAAGAUUCUGAAUAUUCAAGAACCAUCGUGACAAUAUAAUGGUUUCACAGGUCAUUGAGAAGGCAAUUGAAGUUGGGGCAGAUAGUAGUCAGUUCCCUAGUAAUUGGAUAUUCCAUUCCAGGGAAAAGAAGCCAGACAAGGCUUUUGUUGAUGGCCAAAGAAUUGAUUUUAUCACUGCUGGUGGCCGG